AUGGGUACCCGUUUUACGACAGCCAUUCUAUUGACGGCGAUUAAUUUCAUCACUCCCAUAUGUACAACCUGCUCGUCUCAAUCCCCAGCUUUCCCACCACCGAGUUAUUCCGGGUCUCAUCCCGAGCUCUUCGAAACAUUUGAGCAAAUUGAAGAGUCUCUGGCAUCUCUGUUUGCCAACCGCUCUGAUCUCAACACGUCAUCCUACUCAGUCGAGGUUACUUCCCCUCACUCAACACUGUGGUCUGCGUUCCACACGGCCGUCGAGAAAGACCCGGAGAGGCCAGGAGCCGAGCAGGUCGACGGAAGCAGUGUCUACCGCAUCGCGAGUAUCACCAAGGUGUACACAGUCUUGGGGAUAUUGCAACAACAUGCUGCUGGAAAUCUGAGCCUCGAUGACACUGUGGAUGAGUACAUUACAGUUCUGAAGACUCUUCGGUACCGAAGCGGCGGGACUCAUAAUAUUCCAUGGGGAGAUAUUACCUUGAGGUCGUUGGCGAGUCAGCUCUCGGGAAUCCCGCGCGAUUGGGCGCAGGGCGAUCUCAUCACAGCUCUCCCAGACCCCAGUGUCGUCGGACUGCCUCCACUGCCUCCAUCUGCUCCAGAACGGUCGGACCUCCCAAAGUGUGACGAGUACGGCAAGUACAUGCCGUGCAAGGCGAGGGAUCUUCUGGACUAUCUCCUCGACAAACCGCCCGUGUUCACGCCGAACCAGAAGUCCACAUACUCAAAUAUCGCCUUUGAAUUAUUGGGACUCGUCCUUGCCAACGUCACGGGGGAAAACUAUGAGGAUUAUAUCGAGUCCUCCAUCCUCCGCCCUCUAAACAUGACAUCAACCUCGUUCCAAAAACCGUCGGAUUCCGUCGCCGUCCUCCCCAAGGGCAAUGCCUGGUACUGGGACGUCGAUGAAGGCGUGCAGAACCCCACGGGCGGGCUAUAUUGCCCUGCGAGCGACAUGUCAGUGUUCCUGCGCCACCUCCUGAAAACGUACAGCAACAUCGCCAAUGCCAAGGUCAAUUGGCUGCUGCCCGUCUCUUUCACGCCCGGUUGGAAGUCAUUUUACGGCAUGCCGUGGGAAAUCUACCGCACAGACCGCAUCCUCGGGAGCAGCUCGGGGCGAACAGUGAGCUUCUUCACCAAGGGCGGCGGACUACCGGGCUAUCGCACGUUGAUUCUGCUCGUGCCAGAGUACGACCUGGGAAUCACCAUCUUCACCGCGGGCGAGGAAACUUUUAUCGACCAGGUCAUGGACAUCGUGACCACUUCUUUGAUACGCGGCGCCGACGUCCUGGCGGCACGGCAGGUAGCACACAAAUACACGGGCACGUUCCUCGCCGCCGGACCUGGACCUGGCAGCAGGGCCAUCAACUCGUCGCUCCAGCUGUCUUAUUCCGACACACACGGCCUGGAGGUCACAAAGUGGAUCUCCAACGGCACGGACAUGCUCUCGGCCAUCCCUUCGCAAUUCCAUUUCCCUAAGGACCGCCGAUUCCACGCUCAACUCAUCCCCACGGCGCUCUAUCGGGAUCCCGAACGCAAACGCGGCGAACUGUGGAGGAUCACGUUUACUUUUGAUCGCUUGGGCGGUGAUGUUGAUGAUUACGAUUAUGGUGACGACAACGACAGCGAUACAAUCCUCGAUCGUGGGCCGUCGAGAUCCGGCUCGAGCUCAAGCUCUGCUCCUGGGGUGUGGGCGGAUUUCUGCGUGUCUGACGUGGACACGAUGAUGUAUGCGGGAAAGCCAUUGAGCGAGAUCGUGUUUUGGGACCCAGAUAUUACUACGGGACCAGAUGACGAGGGGGGUACGGAGGAGGAGACGCUGGGCGCGAGGUAUGGCAUGGUAGAAAUGACUGCUUUUCGGAUCAAUAUGACCCGUCGCCACAGCGUCGGCGGCAGCGUCGUCGGCGGUGAUUGUUGCGGUGAGGGUGGUGUUGGUGGUAGCGGGAGCGUGAGUGAGAAGAACGUGCUUCAUCAUGGCCGUGACCGUGAUCAUGAUCACGAGAAGCUGCUCGUUCAAGACAAGACAAGGACAAGACAAGCGUAG